UCUCAAUUUGAACCAAGUCUUGUGAAUUCUUCCUAUAAAUAAUUUGAACCAUAGUUUGCGCUUAGCUCUUUGAAUUCAACCUCUCUGAGCAUUUUCAGACAUGGGUGGCUCCCAGCAAGCGCAGCAUUCCUCCUGCGAAACCCCAAUUUCCAUCGUCACAGAAACAGGGUAUUCUCCGGAGAUAUACAGAGUUUGCUUGCCCCCAAGACACACCGCUCUCCAGAAACUCAAACACCGCCUCUCUGAGAUUUUCUUCCCCGACGAUCCCUUCUUCCAUUUCAAAAACCAAACUCCCCUCACAAAAUCCCUUCUGGGUCUCCAAUACUUCUUCCCAAUCCUCCAAUGGCUACCCACUUACAGCUUCACCCUGUUUAGAUCUGAUCUCAUCUCCGGCCUCACCAUUGCAAGCUUGGCCAUUCCUCAGGGAAUUAGUUAUGCCAAGCUUGCAAAUUUGCCUCCUAUGAUAGGACUUUAUUCGAGUUUUGUGCCACCAUUGAUGUAUUCUGCUCUUGGUAGUUCCAGACACCUAGCUGUUGGUCCAGUCUCAAUAGCAUCUCUUGUCAUGGGCACAAUGCUAAGUGAAGUGGUCUCUUUUACUGAGCAAAGUGACCUCUAUCUUAAACUUGCUUUCUCUGCUACCUUCUUUGCUGGUGUAUUUCAAGCUUCUCUGGGUUUGUUCAGGUUAGGCUUUAUUAUUGAUUUCCUUUCAAAGGCAACUUUGGUGGGCUUCAUGGCCGGAGCUGCAGUCAUUGUGUCCCUGCAACAGCUCAAAGGCUUGCUCGGGAUCACUCACUUCACCAGCAAGAUGCAGAUCAUUCCUGUAAUGUCCUCAGUCAUCAGUCAAAGAAAAGAGUGGUCAUGGCAGACCAUUGUGAUGGGCUUCAGUUUUCUGGCAUUUCUACUAACAGCUAGGCAGAUUAGCAUCAAGAAACCGAGGCUUUUCUGGAUUUCAGCUGCGGCUCCAUUAACUUCUGUUAUUCUAUCAACUCUUUUGCUCUUUCUCCUCAAAUCCAAAAUUUAUAAGAUUUCUAAAAUUGGUGAAUUACCAGAAGGUCUGAACCCACCUUCUGCAAACAAGCUUCAAUUUGAUGGCCCUUACCUACAUCUUGCUGUCAAAACAGGAAUAAUAACUGGGAUCUUGUCUCUCACUGAGGGAAUUGCAGUGGGAAGAACUUUUGCUUCUUUGCAAAACUAUCAAGUUGAUGGAAACAAAGAAAUGAUGGCAAUUGGUUUUAUGAACUUGGUGGGUUCUUGCUCUUCAUGCUACGUUACAACAGGGUCGUUUUCUCGGUCGGCUGUGAACUACAACGCUGGAGCUAAGUCAGCCCUUUCGAACAUAGUGAUGGCAAUGGCCGUGCUUGUGACCCUGCUGUUUCUCAUGCCACUUUUUUAUUAUACUCCUAAUGUGAUCUUAGCAGCAAUUAUCAUAACAGCUGUAAUUGGGCUAAUCGACUAUGAGGCUGCUUUUCGAUUGUGGAAGGUCGACAAGCUUGAUUUCUUGGCUUGUUUAUGCUCUUUUUUUGGUGUUCUAUUCAUCUCUGUGCAGAUGGGCCUUGCCAUUGCAGUUGGAGUUUCAGUAUUUAAGAUAAUCCUGCAUGUCACAAGGCCAAACAUUGUGAUACUGGGGAACAUUCCAGGCACUCAAAUAUACCGAAGUUCCGAACGUUAUGAGGAUGCUUCAAGAGUUCCUUCCUUCCUCAUGCUAGCCAUUGAAUCUCCCAUUUAUUUCACAAAUUCAACUUAUCUCCAAGACAGGAUAUUAAGAUGGGUUAGGGAGGAGCAAGACAGAAUCAAAACCGAAGCAAUUUUGAAAUGUGUAAUUUUAGACAUGACAGCAGUAACAGCCAUAGACACCAGUGGCAUCGAUGCUGUAUAUGAACUUAGAAAGACAUUAAACAAAAGAUCACUUCAGCUUAUUUUGGUGAAUCCAGUGGCUUCGGUGAUGGAAAAGCUCCAUCGCUCAAAAAUCCUUGACUUAUUUCUACCAAAAGAACUAUAUCUGACAAUUGGAGAAGCCGUUGCUGACAUUUCAACCUCAUGGAAGCCUUAAUUACACUAUUAAUGAUGUACAGUAUGCUUGAAAUUGGCAUUUGCCAACUUCAAAUAAUCAACAGUUCAGAUGCUGGCAAGAUUUUGGUAACCCUUGUUUGAUUAGGGUAGAAAGAGCUUUAAUUUCUACAACUCCUUGAACUAGUUAUAUAUUGUAUUAAAUGCACCUCUGGGUAUCAUGAAAAUUUACAGGACGGAGAGGCCUUCCUUCAA